CCGAGCCGAGCGCUUUGGCCGGGCUUGGCUUAUGACAGGUGGUGUUCCGCUGCAUCAGUAGCGCCUGGCCAGAUGCUUGUUCUUGGGGUUUUUGCACAUAAGAAGCCCCGUUCCUAGAGUCUUGCAAACUACCUGAAAACUACGCGUGGGCUACUUCGAGGAAGGGGAAACCCCAAGAGCAGGCAGCUGCUCUCUGCUGCCUGGGGAGCGAGAAGAAGAACUUACAGGAGAGCUAGCCUUGUGUUUGCAUUUUAGGGUAAUCAUGGUGAUUUCCUCUGUGGUCCACCUUCGGUCUGUUGGGAGUCAUUGGACUCAGCGAAGGUGGCUGCUGAACUUUCCUAGGAGGACCAUGGUAUGGUGGAGCACAGCUCCUGCCCAGUGGACACUUAAGCAGAAGAAAUCAGCACUGAUGCCAUGGGGUGGGAGUCCCCAGAGCAGCAGGGCACUCCAUCCAGCCUGUCCCAGCUUUCAGGAAGUCAUGCUGACCAGUGAGCGUUACAGCGUGCAGCGGCUACCCUUCUCCCACGUUUCCAAUGAUGACAUAGCUUUCUUUGAAAGCAUCAUGCCAGGUAGAGUCAUCACAAAUCCAGAAGAAUUGAAACCAUUUAAUGUGGACUGGCUUAAAUCAGUCCGAGGCUGUAGUAAGCUGUUGUUGAAGCCACAGACAGCAGCAGAGGUAUCUCAGGUUCUCAGGCACUGCUAUGAGAGGAACCUGGCCGUAAACCCACAAGGGGGUAACACAGGCCUUGUUGGAGGCAGUGUUCCUGUCUUCGACGAGGUCAUUCUCUCCACAGUCCUCAUGAGCCAGAUCAUCAGCUUUGACAAGGUGUCUGGAAUCCUUGUGUGCCAAGCUGGCUGUGUCUUAGAAAACCUGAACCAGUACCUGGAGGGAAAAGGUUUUAUCAUGCCACUUGACUUGGGAGCAAAAGGUAGCUGUCAUAUUGGUGGUAAUGUGGCCACAAAUGCCGGAGGCUUACGGCUCUUGAGAUAUGGCUCUCUCCGAGGGACAGUACUAGGACUGGAAGUGGUGCUGGCUGAUGGCUCGGUUCUGGACUGCUUGGCAUCCCUGCGCAAGGAUAACACUGGCUAUGAUUUGAAGCAGCUUUUUAUUGGAUCUGAGGGGACCUUGGGAGUUAUCACUGCUGUCUCCAUACUCUGUCCUCAGAAACCUAAGGCUGUGAAUCUGGCGUUCCUCGGGUGUCAGAGUUUCACUCAGGUUCUGAAAACAUUUACAACCUGCAGAGCCAUGCUGGGAGAGAUCUUGUCUGCAUAUGAGUUCAUGGAUAAUAAGUGCAUGGAAUUGAUCGAGAGACACCUUAAGCUCUCCAGUCCAGUAACAGGGAGCCCCUUUUAUGUUUUAAUUGAAACUUCAGGCUCUGAUUCGACCCACGAUGAAGAAAAACUGAACAGUUUCCUAGAACAAGUUAUGGCUUCUGGUUUGGUCACCAAUGGAACUGUGGCAACAGAUGAAAAGAAAAUAAAGAUGCUGUGGAGCCUGCGGGAGAGGAUCACAGAGGCCCUCACUCAUGAUGGUUAUGUUUACAAAUAUGACAUCUCACUCCCUGUGGGGAAGCUGUAUGAUCUCGUGACUGACACAAGGGCUCGACUGGGCCAGUGUGCCAAAAAUGUGGUGGGCUAUGGCCAUCUGGGAGAUGGAAACUUGCACUUGAACAUCACAGCGGAAUCCUAUAGUCAUUCCCUGCUGGAUGCCAUUGAGCCAUUUGUGUAUGAGUGGACUGCAAGAUGCAACGGCAGUAUCAGUGCAGAGCAUGGACUGGGUUUCAAGAAAAAGUGCUUCAUUCAGUAUAGCAAACCCAAGGAGGCAGUCUUUCUAAUGCAGCGUUUCAAAGCCAUGUUAGACCCCAAAGGGAUCCUCAAUCCAUAUAAGACAUUGCCUUCCAGUUCCUGAGAACAACACUGAUUGAGAACUGAGCAGAUACCAUCAUGUGAUGACUGCAUCUCUAACUCAGUAACUUUGGCCACAGUAAAAUUAAUGGAUCAAAUGAGCACAUGAAGUGCUCCUUGGCUUUUUUCCUGGGGGUAAUGAAACAAGUAAAGGAACAUGGUUCCUCUUUUCAAGGGUACUUUCGAAAGAGUACUUUCAUGGUUUUGACUGUGUGGGUUUUCUAUUUAAUCUGAAGAGUACUUUCAUGGUUAUGACUGUGUGGGUUUUCUAUUUAAUCUGAACACUCAAAGUAAGCAAACAGACUUCUUUUAAGUUCUUACCUGCUCACCUGAUGUUUAGAGUUGGUUUCUACCUCUGUCUAGGUAGUGGAAUCCUUGAAGAGUGCCUAUGUCUCUCAAGCUCUGGUGGUUAUUGUUUCUCUUUCCUUUCUGUUUCGUUGCUACAUAUGUUCUGCAUCAAAGUGGUGAGGAGAAAAUGGGAGCAGCCUAUAGUAUAUCUUUGACCUUCUCUGUUGUCUGUGUAAUAGUCAUGUAAUAUGUAAUUAUGUAGUGUUCAGGCAGAAGAGCCAACAAAAUUUCACAGUUUGGAAUCUGUAGUUUAUUGUACCUUGCAGACUUGGGUAUUAGAUUUGGGAGUGUAGAUGAGUAUGAAAAAUAGAAGAUUAAAUUCAGGUGACUCUCCUUCCUUUUCUUUUAUCCUCUCAACCUUCCGCUCUGCAUAUGGCAUCCUUCUAGCAAAAAAGGCUUAGUAGCAAGCAUUACUUUUCAGGAGCAAGAGACCUUUUGGAUUUUAUGUUGCCUUUGUCUGGUAUUACCAUCAGAAUUAUGGCAGUAGGGUCCCUGAUCUUAAACCUGGAGCUACUUACCACCCUCCUGCUCACCACUGUAUUUGGGAGAGGUAGGCAAGGUAAUAUCAAGGUUUAUGGCACAUGGCUGGAGUCAGAGCUGGCUGAUAGCAGCAGUGCCCUUGCUAACGUGCAGUGCUGUAAAGAGGCUUUUUUACAGCAUCUCACCUGCUAAUUCCAAGGCAAGCAUUUUGUUUACAUUAGCAUUUGAGAUCCCACUCUUAUCUACUAUUGCCCUAUCACUAUAAGUGCACUACAGUGUUUUGGUUAUUUCUUUAUGAAUGUGACUGUCACAUACCAACAUAAAAAAUUUUACGUGUCUGAGUCCACAGAGAUCUGAAGAGGAUUUUAGCAGUGUUGUUUUGGGACCAGAGCAGGUCAGGGCAUCAGCCAGAUGCAUAUGUCCUUCUUACAGCAGGAUUCUAUUCCUGAGAUCCUCCACCAGUUUAACUUUUAUGUACUCGUCUUAUGGACAGAUCUUUCCAGCUCCUGGAUGCUGGUCUUGGCCUUCCCUUAAAUUUUGAUGAUGAAGAUUGUAUUGUGUCGUUACGGGUGGGAACAGGCAAGCGAUAGGAAUAGUACUUGAUAACAUAUAAAAAUAAACAGGCUUUGAGGGGUAAUUGAGAGGAGAACUCUUAGAUUUCUGACAGGUACUGUUCACAUCGUUACACUAACAGGCAAAAGUCCAAAGUGGCAUGACAUAUGAAUUGGCCAUGCAAGGGAAGGGCUGUACAGGUUGUGCCAUGUGUAUAUUCAGCCAUGGUAAUGUAUUCUGUUGCUUAACCUAGAGUGCAAUGCAACUGUAGUCUCUGUUUCAGGACAAAUAUAUGUAAAUCUAACGGAGAAUCAGAAGUGCAGUAGAAACUUUAUGCAUCAGGAGUUUUGAUUUUGAUUGCUUAUGUUAUCGUGGAUCUCUUUGAACUAUGAAUUUAUAAAACCAUGUUAAUACUGUCUUUCAGAAGUACCUUUCUACAAAUAAAGAUC